AUGUCACACAACAUCUGUGGUUAUAUUUCUUUUUUAAAUGAAAUACUUAUUCUUCUUUUGAACUAUGUCGGUGCUAAAAUUAUAAAGCUCAAGUUCAAAGACGAUCCUAUAUUCAUCGGAAGAGAGUCCAACGUCACUGUGGUUUUGGGAAGAGAUGCAUCACUCACUUGCAAGGUGGAAAACUUGGAGAGUUAUAAGGUGGCAUGGCUUCGCGUGGACACGCAAACGAUCCUCACGAUAGGUCAUCACGUGAUCACGAAGAACCAUCGCGUCGGCGUCUCCCGGAGAGACCAGUCCUGGUCUCUGCUGAUCCGAGAUGUCAGACCUACUGAUGGCGGCCGAUACAUGUGCCAGAUUAAUACGGAGCCUAUGAUCACGCAAACACAUCAUCUACAUGUUUCAGUCCCGCCUGAUAUCGUGGAUUCGGACAGCAGCGGCGAAGUGAUAGUCUGGGAGGGAGAUAACGUGACUCUUCACUGCGCGGCAUCAGGGACUCCUCAGCCGACCAUCAUCUGGAGACGAGAGGACUCUGCCCCUUUUAAUGUCGGCAGAGAAACUGUCACCAAAUGGAGCGGAGCCUGGUUGAACAUGACAACUGUGACUCGGGACAUGAAUGGGGCCCUCCUCUGCAUUGCUACGAACGGGGUCCCGCCUUCAGUUAGCAAGAGGAUUCUACUCCAUGUCCUGUGCAAGCCGACAGCUAGAUUUACUCAGAAAAUGUUGGGCGUUUACGUCGGAGAAACGAUGCAGCUAAAGUGCAGGAUUGAAGCGAAUCCACCGCCCACUGUGUAUUGGACACACAUUGAUCUUAAUAAACUUUAUAACGGAUCAAAAUACCAGAUGAGUUUGAAAUCGCAAGGCUACAAGCACACUGCGGUACUUCGAGUGAGGAACAUGUCUAGAGACGAUAUCGGCUCCUACUACUGCUAUGUGGAAAACUCUAUGGGAUCGGCGAGGGAUGAUAUUACGGUUUACACGCUAGCGACCACUACGCCUAUUUCGACGGAGCUUACGACGGCUCUCGAAGAUGUUACUACCACACCACUUCAGACUUAUGCAGAAUUAGAAGUGAAGGAGCAUGAUCCCGACCUUCAGUUCCCGGACGAAGACCGCAUCGUGGUGGUGCUGAGUCAACAUCAGAUGCAGAGCUUAGAUUUCUCACCAAGUUCGUGACCCCAGGACAGUUCGGACCAAUCAAAUGUGUGGUCAUCAGGACUUAAACUACAGACGCACAUCUCUAGUGUAAUUAUCGUGGCCACAUUAAUUUGGCAGACAGUGUAAACUGUGAUGAACUGUUUCAAACUAUAAAAAAAAAUAGAUACCAUAGUAAACACGAAAUUGUGUUCAACAAUGAAAGACGUUUUUGUAAUUAUAAGAGCUUAUUAGUUUAGUUAUUAGUGUUUAAGUAAUUUAUUGUGUACUUACUUAAUGUCUGAAAGAAAUAAUAAACUUUUAUU